AUGUUCCGUCGACUACCCCAUACCCUGCCUGCGGACCCUGUAUUUCCCCCCGACCUCGAAAAGCUCGGCUUUUUCGUCAAUGAGAACGAUCAAGUCCGCAUGAUCAAGAAUCCGGCGCAGAAAUAUCAGUACCAGAUCAAUAGGAAUGAUCGGGUCAACCAAGUUUACAAGCAAGCAAACAACAACGCUGUCCGCAACAUCGUUCAGGAUCGACUGUUCAAAUUGGGCCUUGAAACCAUCAGGCUGCCAUUAGGUGCCAAUGAAGUGGACGCGCAUGUUCCCAUUCUUGUCUCCAAAGACAUAGCGAACAAGGAUCGUGUCAUUGUCUUCUUCGGCGAACGACAUGCGGAGCCAGGAAUUUUGUCCUGGCGGGUGAUCGGUGAGGAGGGCAUCAAGUUUGGCUCACUGCUCGAAUUCGUUACUGCCGUCAUGUUCGCACCGACUCCCACAGCUCAAGACACUGCGCCCGGCAUCAUCAUAGCAAACCCCUGCCAACUCCUCUGGUAUCGCGGCGAGUCCCGAGCCGUAUCUGUCCAAGAAUGGCUGAACCUGCCCCGGCUCUCAGCAGUGCAUGAAGCUUUUAGGGUUGAUGAGAUCAAGAACAAAAUCUCCGGGAACCGCGAUUACAAAGAGCACAUUUCCCACCUAUUCGACCAGGUUCUGCCCCGUUUGACGAAGAAGGAGGCAAAGCUCGAUGUCAUCGGACUUGAAUACCCCGGUUCUGCAGUCGUCGAAUACCUCUCGCUACAUUGGAGCACAUGGGCCCCUCGUAUAACUGGCAUCUCUCUCGUCGAGCCCCAGUACAACGUACAGGAUUUUCCUGGUGAUGAAGUCCCCGAACAGUUUCUUGAGUUCCUAUCUCGACGUUGCCGGGCCUACUUUGUGAACUCAUCCCCCAUAGAGACUCCCAUCUCAGGCCGAGAAGUCUUUGGAUGCAACUGCUAUUCAAGUGGCGAGGACUCAUAUCAGGAGAAUGCAAUGAUUCGGUGCUGGUGGAGCAUGCUUGACUGGUUCAACAUCAUGUACGCGAACCCCGACCAUGAGGAAAUUGAGAUCCUGACCAUCGACGUGGCUGCGGAUGCGGACAAGGUCAAGCUUGGUUGGUGA